CCACCGCACUGGCAUACCGUGGUUCGUUACGAUCCCCUUCGUACGUCGUUUCGUACUGAACCUCUCACAGUCAUCAGCGAAGUCACAUUUCGACUAGUGCUAGUGUGCAGUGCGGACAGAGUCAGGCGUUACCUUUUGGCCCCCCAAUUAAAAAAGAUCGACCGUUAUUUCCGAUAACGGGGGCCCUGGGCCUGACCGAUCAGAAAUCAUAUAUACGAAUACAUUUCGAAAAGGAUAGAGAGAAAGAGAAAGAAAGAAAGAAAGAAAGAAAGAAAGAAAGAAAGAAAGAAAGAAAGAAAGAGAGGGAGAGAAAGAGGGAGAGAGAGACAGAGCGCGCGAGCGACCGAGCGAGCGAGCGAGGUGUCCGCGAGGGAGAGAUCGUCGCGUGCCGGCCGACCGAACCGUCGACGGGCGCGCACGCGGUAGAGAGACCCACACAGGGCAGUUUUAUAGCCCGUCUUAUUACCCCGGUUUAUUGCGUCGUAACAGUUUAACGAUCAUCGCCUGUUUUCCGCCGCCUAGACCACGCCGGUUUACAAUCUCGUCGGUAGCCAGUAUCCAUAACAAACCCAUAAAAGUCGGCCCCCGCCGCUGCCAUGAGUCCCACUCUGAAUUACAAUCCUACGGCCUACUGACAUUGACACUGUGGGUGCAAUCCGCCGCCGCUGACGCCGCAGACCGUACCUAAGCGACCUACCUACCGAUGACUUUUAUGAUCUCAUAAAAGCGGUUUAAUGCCCGUUUGCUCGUCCCUCGUCGACGCUGUCACCUGUCGCAGCCCGCGUCGAACGGCGUAUCGGUGGUGCACGGACCGAGGCGUUCACGUAUCGCCUUUUGGCGCGAACCAGCCGAACACGGAACAGGAAACGACCAAGGAACAACACGUAUCCCGUGGAACGUGUGCAGAUCGGUGAACGGACAUCGUCUGGAAUCAAAUCGUCGUGGUCGGGGCACGGACUAGUAAAUCGCUCCGACUAGACGCGUGUGCUCCACGGCGAAUUUCCUUCUAUCCCGGGGGUAACGGACAGUUCCCGGUAGAGGUGGUUGCUUAAAGUCUCCGACCUACGGUUCUUCUCGAGUGCCGGUGUUUCAGUGCAAGUGAUUCAAAAUACCCGGGAUAAUGAACUCGUAUUUUGAGCAGACUGCGGGUGGCUUCUACGGGAGCCACCACCAUCAAACGGGAGCCGCCAGCCAGCACCAUGAUCCAGCCACAGCAGCGGCCUACCGAAGUUUCCCCCUUGGCCUGGGAAUGUCGCCUUACGCGUCUACUCAGCAUCAUCAUCACACCUCGUCGUCGUUGGGCAUACACCCCGGCGGUGGUACCAACACGAGGCCGCCCCAAGAUUCCCCGUACGACGCGAGCGUCGCGACGGCCUGCAAAUUGUACUCGACGACACCGGAGGCGACCGGACACACCACGUCCUCGUACUCGACCACGGCCACCAAGGAUUGCAAACAGCAGGACCAGGCGGCUGCUCAUCAGAAUGGUUACGCGGCGGUGAUGGCAGCCGCGGCCGUCAAGGACGUUUGGCAGUCAGCGACCUCCGGGGCUAACAGCCAGAGCAAUUCGGUCGUGCGCCCUUCCGCGUGUACUCCAGAAGGCACGAGGGUUGGUAGCUACGGUGGUCUCGUGGGCGGCGACCCGGCAUCGAGUCCCGGUAACAACAGUUCCUCGAGGUCCCUCACGUCGUCCUGGAACACCUGCAGUUUGAACUCGUCCGCGAGCCAACCGGUUGCCACGCAACUACAUCAGCAACCCAACGCCAGCCAUACCUUCUACCCCUGGAUGGCUAUAGCAGGUAAGGAAGAUAUUGCUAAGCCGCAUUGGACAUGGUUGCAAGGGGCGAACGGAAUGCGCAGGCGCGGCCGACAGACCUACACGCGCUACCAGACGCUCGAGCUCGAGAAGGAAUUCCACACGAACCACUACCUCACCAGGCGGAGGCGGAUCGAGAUGGCACACUCGCUCUGCCUGACGGAACGGCAGAUCAAGAUCUGGUUCCAGAAUCGGCGGAUGAAGCUGAAGAAGGAGAUACAGGCGAUCAAGGAGCUGAACGAGCAAGAGAAGCAGGCGCAGGCCGAGCGAGCGAGCGCUCGCGCGGCCGUGUUUCUGUUGCAUUGUUUCGCGCGCUCAUUAAAUCGCGCAUUGAUAGCGGGGCCGCAUUAA